AUGGCAGGCUCUAUCCGGGUCUCGCUCCCGGACAACGAAAGCACCGCGGGCGCGGCGGACGAGGACUCUUGUGGGUCCCAGGGCGGUUCUCCGGCGGAGCCGCGGCCGCGCCCGCAGAAGCGUCGCAGGAUUCCGGCCGCAUUUCUGCAGCUCGUUGAAUCCCGGUUAUCCCAGCUUGAGAGUGAUGUGCGUUCCUUGAAGAGCCAGCAAAGCGAGGGCGGCAGCGUCCCAGAUUCUGUCACGGUGGAUAGACGACCGAGCUUUCAGAGCCACCAGGCUCCAGCUACUUUCCACGAACCAGACUCUGGGGAGUCUGUCGUGAGUCCGGAUGCAACUGAUGGCAUUGGGUCCAUCGAAUUCACCAAGGAGGAUGACUCUGGAUACUAUGGGCCAUCCUCCAAUAUUGCAUUCACGCGCAAUAUCCGACGGGCUCUCUCCACACUGCUUUCCCAGAGUUUGGCACAGCGCUCCCACAGAGUGGGAUCAUCAGAUAGACCAUCACUGGAUGUAUCCCGUCCGCAGACACCGCACAAAGAAGCCGCAAGGCCGGCGGCUGAGGAGGCAGGUAGCUGGGCUGGCAGCUCUGGGCCCAGAAAUGACUGCCUGAGCCUGCCUCCUGAUGACGAGAUGGAUGCUCUCGUUGUCCGCUUCUUGAGGGACACAGGUGCUUUGUUCCCGUUUGUCCACCCUCACACCUUCAUGGAAACGUGCCGCCACACCAAGAGUAUCGGCUUCAGAAGGUCCCGGCGGUCGUGGUUGGGCCUGCUGAACUCCAUCCUCGCCAUGUCAAUCUUCACUUCUGGGAGCUGGAGCUCAACAGCAAUGGGAAGGGGUGCAAAAGCAGAGGUCUUCUUCACACGGGCCAAGGCUCUAUGUCUCGACCAGAUGCUGAGCGGCUCCAGCCUCGAGACAGUGCAAGCAAUGCUGCUGAUGAGCCAGUACCUGCAAGGGACCCACCGCUCGGUCAUGACCUGGAACAUGCAUGGUAUCGCCGUCAAGGCCGGCUUCCAGUUGGGCUUGCACUCCACGACCUCGCUGAAGGCGUAUACGCCACUCGAGCGGGAGACGCGGACACGAACGUGGUUUGCCUGCGCCAUGCUGGAUCGCACCCUGAGCAUGACCUUUGGCCGCCCGCCUGCGAUCCCAGACUCGUAUAUCCGCACACCGUUGCCGCAGCCUUACAGUGGAACAGACGUCCUGCCCACUGCUGAGGUCUCUGUGGACGAUGCUAUGAGCAUACACUUCUUCGUGUCAACAAUCACGCUGUACAAAAUCAUGUGGACCAUUAUCGACAGACUUUACGACUGCAACAUAGCACAUCCAGACAACAGUGUCCUCGAGAUCGAGCACCAGCUCUUGGAAUGGCAAGCCUCUCUCCCGCCUUUGUUCUCCCUGGCCAACCCCGCCGAAAUACGCAACGACAAUGACUUCUGCUUGGCAAGACGUUUCCGGGUCAUCCUCACGCUCCGGCAUCACAACGUCCGCCUUCUGGCCCAUCGACGCAUCUUUGACCUCUAUCUUGCUAGCAUUGAAAGGGGCCGAGGCUAUGAUGCCCACGAGUCGAUGCCCGUACAAAUCGGGGAGAGGAGCAAGAACGUCUGUCUCCAGACGGCUUCGGAAUUGAUCUCCAUUUGA